GAGGCACAAACGGAGCAAACGGAAUUGAUGGAUUUAUCGGUGCCAAAAAUGAGUGAGGGAAGAUUGGAACCAUACGAUUCAUUUAUUGAAGAAGCAAGUAAAGGUCAAAGAGGGUCAUCAAAUGAGCUAAUCCAAUGA